AUGGGCAUCGGAUACGAAGUCGAUACAAAACUAGGAACAGAUCAGCAUGUUUUUAGUAUAUUGGGACCGCACUACGGCUCUUAUUACGGUGAUAUCGUUAUUACAUUCAAACAAGAGAUCAUGUUUCAUCCAGAUGCGAAUUUUUCCAUUCAAGCUGGAACAGGUUUCUAUAGUGAUAAAGCUUAUUUACAUCGUCCGUGGUGGAAAGAUCCGAAUGACGAAAAUCAACGUAUCAACUGUUUUCAUAGUGCUAAAUUACAUUGCUCUGUUCCACGCUAUGAAUCCGCAGCUGCCAUUGAACUCAUUGCUGUCACUAGUAAAUCGCAGAAAUCAAUGGAUACCAGCCUUGACACGAUUAUCCAACAAUGGACAGCUGUUGACUCACAUUUCGUUUUCGAAGGACAUCUACCUCAAUUGAUCCCUUUAGAUUACAUUGAUAAUGUUUAUAUGCCGAAAAAUUUGUUUCAAGCAUUAAGUGCUCCAGCUCAACAUUCUGCUCGAGCAGUGUUUAAAGAAGCAUUGAUUCUGACUGAUCACGUAAUCGAUCUUAAUUUGAUUCAGCCAGGUAAACCUGUUCCCUUAGAUUCGACUCGUAAACCUUAUCUAGCAUUUACACUUGAACAAAAUCUUGAGAAGAUCAAACAACGAAUGGCAGCACCACAGAUUUCUCGCGGGAUCGUCAUCACUGUUCCUGGAACGAAAUUUGACGAGCAAAUCGUUAUGCCAAUCACUGUAUCUCAAUCAUACAGAUUGUAUUGCCUCGAUAACACUCAAGCGCCCAACCAUCCGGAGUACACUUACGUGUAUUGGCAAGUCAUGAAUGGUGAUAUGAUGUUAACAUUAUCCAACGAAAUUAUCCAAUCGACUGACGAAGAUCAAAGCAAACUACGAUGUCUUCUUUGUUACAUUGCAGAAAAGCCAUCCCAAGCAAACGAAGACUAUCAUGAAGCUUAUUCGUAUUUGAAUGAUGAUCAUCCUGCUCGACAUUACAAUAAUAUUUACAAGGCACAAUUUAAAGCGAGAUCAAAUGUCUUCUAUCGUGGUUGUAAUACCGAUGAUUAUGUAACUUGUUGUUUAAAAAUUAUUUAUCAAACAAAUGAAGCCACCUUGUCGCAUGCUGGCCCAAAUGGCAUUUACAACUAUGAAAAGAUUCAUUACCGAUUCGAUAAAUCAACAUUGGACUUAUCUCGAUUAGAUUAUAUUCAUGUUAGUGCAGGUUCUCAAGAUGUUCCCAUACGUAAUUUAAUCAUUCGUCACGAACAAGUGCCUGAUUUGCAUCCAACGUUCGAUAAAGAUUUUACAAUUGAUACAUCUGACCUAUUAGACCAACGACGUGCAUCCUUUGAUUAUGCAGCGAAUGUUGGCUAUUCCGGUAGUGUGAAAAAGAAAGGGCCAAAGGAAUCUAGACUGAACAAGGUUAUAUCGCGCACACCUAUCACUACACAACAACCAAAAGUAGAGCCAACAAGUAUUUUUCAACGCAUAAAAACCGUACUAUGUUGUUCGUCAGCAAAUGUUAUUGUACCAGGACCGAAUCCACCACUUCCAGCAAGAACAACGGCUUCAUCAUCGGUAGCUCCUUCAAAACUACCGCCUUGUCGUGAUUCGAUCUAUUGUUUACUGUUGGAAGACAAAGAUCAUACUGUUAAAUAUUCUCAUCGAUGUCGUUUCAAUGAAUUAUGUCGAAAUAAAGAUAAAGAACCUCAUCUCACCCAUGAACCACAUCGAGUUCCACAAUGUUCAGACGAUAAAGACUGUUCCAAUCGAACGAAUCCUCUACAUCGUGCUCAAUUUCGACAUACAGGCUUACCCGACUUUCUUAUACCAUGCCGUAAUGAAGACAACUGCUACGGAAAAACUACCGAGCACCUCAUAAAGUACUUUCAUGGCGAAGAAAUUCCUCCAUUCAAAAAAAAUAAAGUAACAGGAGGACGUCAUUUAACUCCAUGCAGAUACGGAGCCAAAUGUCGAUUAACAGAAGAUCCUCAACAUACGGCUAAAUAUUCGCAUACGACUUGA